CCCUCCCUCCCUGCCCCUACUUCGCCGCCAUGUUGCGGCAGGCACCGCAUGAGUGAGAUACCACUCAUGUCAGUCAGAGAAGUCAGAGCCACACACUCUCUCUCUUACAAAUGCCAUCUGUCUGUACGUAUCACGCAUACAUGUGCUUGCUACACAGGUGAGACAACACACACAAAAGCCGCCUGUACACACAUCACACACACAUAUACAGAUCUCUCUCCCCUCAGUCAUUCAUUCAUUCAUUCAUGUCUGCGGCGGUCCACACGUUGCCCUGUCCUGGUCGAGCACCGACACACGCCCCAGCACGUCUGUCGUCACACUCGCGGGGACGCCAGCGGCAGCAGCAGGGGGCACCGUGUCGUCAGACUCCACUGUCAGGGAGCGGCCACUGGUCGAUGUGGUGGCGACGGAGCGGCUCAUCUCUAAUGCGUUAUUGUCAUCAGGGGAGGGGACCGGCUUACUCUCCAAAGUCGACAAAGGGGAAUAGGCCUGUUUACACGCACACAGACACGAAGAGAAGGACGCACGUGUGUUCUAUAGCCUUGGGCAUGUGUGUAUGUCAUACCAUAAGUAAGAAGGUGCGGUGCGCUAUGCAGGGGGUUGCUCUACCUGAGCAUUGGGCGGGCGCGACUGCACUUGCCGGCUAUCGUAGACGAGCACACCCAACCCGAUCACCACACUGACACACACAUCGAUAUCGGCACACAACCAAUCAACAAACCGACAAACCACCAAACCACAUCUCUUUGCGUGUUGCUGUGUUGCUGGUGCAUUCAUUCAUUCGCGACUUACGCGAUGCCGCCGAGAGCGUUCCAUGACGGGAGGCUGAGUGCGCCGGUGGGGUCGAGAUGCAGCACCACCAGCAGGCAGGUCAGCAACACGGCCGUCACUGGCUGAAGUACUGAUGCAUUCAUUCAUUGCACACACAGAGGGAACGAACGAUGAAUGCAGCCGGGCCGGGCAGACAGACACGUCCGUGCAAGCACAGCUAGCUACGCACCUCACUCACCUGUGUAUGCCGCCACCAUGGAUCCAUCGACGUAUUUGUUCGCCCAGGUCAUCAGCAGAUACCUGAAGACACACACAGCACACAGCACGCACGUACAGUGAAUACAUACAUCUUCCCUCCCCCCAUGCCCAUUGAUUGGAUCACUCACGUGGUAACAGAGCUGCCAAUAACCCAAUAAGCAAGCGCCCAGAGAGCGUCGGGGGGCACCCCCCAGGCAGACGGGCAGUCGGGACACACCAACUCAAGGAAGGGCUUGUUCAAGUUGACGAUGAGCGCCGCCACGAGCAUCAUCACGGCCGCAUUCAUGUACGAGAAGGCUAUGACGAAGGGCGACGGUAUUCUAUGUCGCUGCAGCAGUGGCUUGGACGCCACAAGGUAGAGGGAGGUGGACAGGCAGUUGACGAAGAACAACAUAUUGCCGACGAGCAUCCCCCGCCAAGACUGCUGCGUGUGGGGCGUUGGGGCGCCGGCGACCACCAGCACCACCGCCCCAAGGGUGCCCAAGGAGAUGCCCACGCCCUUCAUCGGGCUCAUGGUCUCCUGACCCACAAUGAUAGCCAGUAUCACCGUCAUGAUGGGCUGCGACGGCUGCCAACUCGCCGCGCUCGUCUCGUCCGCCAUCUUGAGACCGACCAGGUAGCAGAACUGAGCACCAAACCAAACACAUGAGGCGAGAUCAGACCAACAGUCGCAUAGGAGAGAUCCUGCGGCACACUUGUACCUGGUUGCCGAAUAGGAAGAGUCCGGUGAGGAGGAAUGUCCGCCAGUGCCUGUGCACGGGCGGGAUGCGGUGGUUCUUCUCGAUUCCGAUGGCUAUCAGCAGCAGAAUCGGCCCCGCGAUGGCCUCCCGGAUGAGUGCGAACUUGAGAACCGAACCAAGACAAGGGUCAAUCAAGAGAGAGAGAAGCUUGCAGCUGGAGCAAGAAAGAAGCUUAGCUUACAAGCACGGGAUUGAACUUGGGCAUGCCCAGCUUCCCAACCUGCCAUAGACACACGCAGAGAGAGGGCGAGAGUGGAGUGUGUCUGGGUCAGUGGCGGGUCGAUUUCGGCAGCCACGCACCACAGCACCACCGCCAAAGAGCACUUGGGCGAAGAUCAAAGCGCCAUGCAACCUGCACACACACACACACACACAGGGACAGCCAUGGUCACCACGACAAUCGCUGUCUUUCAGUGUGGGGCGUUUUCAUCUGACAUGAGUUCUGAAGGAUGUGCCUUCUCCUUCUUGCCCUUGUCCUCGCUGGGCGUGGCUGGAUCUUCCAUCGCCGUGGCCUCCUGCACUCAGACACACACACACGCACGGAAAUCAAGACAAGAUGAAGAUCUUUAUCACACGUACACGGGACGAUCUCACCUCCAUGUCGAUGUCUGCUGAGGUGCGGACGCCAGCAGCACUUGUCGGCGUAAGACUGUCGGGUCCUUCAACCAUCUCAGGCCAUCUCAGCUAAGU